UGUUAUCAUUAUUACGGGACGUGUUUUCAUUUGAGCGUAGCUACAGGCUGUAACCAGGGAUGAUCACCAUAGAAUGUUUUUCAAUGCAAAUCAAGGCCUGAGCUCGGUCAGUUAAGGUGAAAUAUUGUACAGCCUGAAUCACAGACAUGUCUUUUUCUGUAGAGAUGUCGAGCGGAGAAGAAGUGAGAAAGAAGCCGUGCGAGCAACAGGAGCCAGAGCCACUCUCUCAAAGCCAGGAGUUGCUCACGAAAAUGAAAGAAUAUUUGGAGAAGAGGAUUGACAGGGAACUUCUCAAUGUCAAGAAAAACAGCAGAGAAAACAGAAGAGUGGCUCUGCAGGCACUGAGAGGAAAGAAGUGGUGCGAGAAACAUCUCACGUACAUUGACUGUGCUGUGAAGGCCAUAAGGUCCACUAAUGAACACAUAGAUAUUCUCAACAAGGUGAAUGAGCUGCUCCAGGAUAUUAGAGAGGAAGGGACUCAAAACAUGGCGCACUCCCUCUGCACACCUGUGAGCUUUGGAGUAGAAUGUGAUGAGGAUGAGCUGCUGGCAGAGCUGGAGAGGCUGGAGAAGAAUCUGGAUGAGACUCCCCUUGAGAUGGACAGAACAGAAGAGAGAGUUCCCUUUCUCGCAGAGUCGUCCACCGCAUCUCUUUCCAGUGCUGACAAGAUGGAGGAAGACGAGAUUGAGGAAGAAUUACAGUACCUGUGGCGCUGGUUGAACGAAUCGUCAUGAACAUACACACCAUCAGCCGUAACACAGUACCAGUAAAAAGAAAAAUAGGAAAGUUCGGGAUGGAAUAAUAAAUAAGCAGAAAUAAUGUUA